GCUGAUUGUGGUGCGCCUCUGUCUUAGAGCUCCGCCGAGCACACUCGGAUGCGCUGAGGGAGCGGGGGUCGCUGCGCCGCGGUACGGUAUAUGGAAGUUGUGGGCUGCAAGACAGAGCCAGGCAGUUGCACGUUGCGUCCAGGACCGGGAGCCAUGCUUUUCCACGGGAUCUCCGGGGAUCACAUCCAGGGGAUCAUGGAGGAAAUGGAGAGGCGCUCCAAAACGGAGUCGCGCCUGGCGAAGGGCAUGCAGCUCAACGGGAGAGAUUCGACCAUGCCCUCCAUGAGCCCGGAGAAGCCUGCCCUGUGCGCCGGCUGCGGUGGGAAGAUUUCGGACAGAUACUACCUCCUCGCCGUGGACAAACAGUGGCACCUGCGGUGUCUCAAAUGCUGUGAAUGUAAACUCGCGCUGGAGUCGGAGCUAACGUGUUUUGCCAAGGAUGGGAGUAUCUAUUGCAAAGAGGAUUACUACAGAAGGUUCUCCGUGCAGAGGUGCGCGCGCUGCCACCUCGGAAUAUCAGCUUCAGAGAUGGUGAUGAGAGCGCGCGACUCCGUGUAUCACCUGAGCUGCUUCACCUGCACCACCUGCAACAAGACCCUGACCACGGGUGACCACUUCGGCAUGAAGGACAGCCUGGUCUACUGCCGGCUCCACUUCGAGACGCUGGUGCAGGGACCGGACUACCACCCUCAACUCAACUUCGCCGAGCUGGCAGCCAAGGGCGGCGGCCUCGCCCUCCCGUACUUCAACGGCACCGGCACGACUCAGAAAGGGAGGCCGCGCAAGAGGAAGAGCCCCGCCAUGGGGAUAGAUAUCCCCAGCUACAACACAGGGUGCAACGAGAACGACACCGACCACUUGGACCGGGACCAGCAGGCCUACCCUCCAACGCAGAAAACCAAACGCAUGCGUACCUCCUUUAAGCACCAUCAGCUGCGGACAAUGAAAUCCUACUUUGCCAUCAACCACAACCCAGAUGCCAAGGACUUAAAGCAGCUGGCCCAGAAAACGGGCCUCACUAAAAGAGUUCUGCAGGUUUGGUUCCAAAACGCAAGAGCCAAAUUCAGAAGGAACGUUUUGCGACAGGAGAAUGGAGGUGUUGAUAAGGCUGAUGGCACCUCACUCCCUCCGCCCUCCUCCGACAGUGGGGCCCUGACCCCCCCCUCCAGCGCAGCCACACUAACAGACCUGACAAACCCCUCUAUCACUGUAGUGACCUCCGUCACCUCUAGUUUGGACAGCCAUGAUUCGGGGAGCCCUUCACAAACUACCUUGACAAACCUUUUCUAACAAGCUAUCUUUAGCAAACUGAUUGUUAUUUUAUCUGGUUUGAUUUGCCUCUUUUUUAUUUGAUUUCUUUGGAAUUUUUUUCCUCAAUUGACAUUUUAUUUUUUUAAGUGACACCUUUAAAAUCAAACAGAGACAGCUCCAUGGAACAGAAAGUGCUGUACUGUGUACACAAACAGGAACAACGAGACAGCAGCCGCCGCUUUAAAACACAAGGAAACCGCCUCAAUGUGUAGCAUCUGAAACUGCACGGCGAGUGCAGAGAUUGAUUCUGGAUUUUUCGGACAUUCUUGGACUUGAAGAGAAUAGAAAGUUAUCUUGGACUCCACCAUAAAAGAAAAAAAAACUCUAAAACGUCCACCUGAUUUGACUUUAUUUGUACAUCUAUUGCCUAAUUGGUUAAUUUAAAUUAACGAGGAACCUGUAUAUGUAUGCACUGUGUUCGCACUAUUCAACAACAUUCAGAUUGUUUUUUUUAAUUUUUUUAUUAUUGAAUAAUUUGGAAAAUAAACUUGUAGAAUGUUCUGUGCAUGGGUAACUCCAGAAAACAGGCUUUAAUUAUUUCCGAAUGUUUCAGCCUCGAAGAGUGAUGCAGAUCUCACGGAGCUACAUGUAAAAGGUCUAAAUUACAUUGCAGAGCAACAAAUCCUUACCGCUUAAAUGACAAAUGGAAGCUAAAAAAAGGAAAAAAAGAACAACCACACACCCACGUUGUCCUGGUUUACACCCUAACUGUGAUCUAGAGAAAGAAGGGAAUCCUGCAAUCUGUACAGUGGAAACCCUUCAAUAUGUAAUGCAGUCACAUUUAUAGAAACUGUUUGAUAAUUAGGAAAGAGAAAUUCAGAUUUGUAAGCAGUUUAUGGGCACUGUUGUAGUUGAUUGUCUUCAUGAGAGAGAGAACUUUUUUUUAUUUAUUUGGACUUGUAGCCCUCGUAGAUCAACCACUCUCAAGCAGACAGCGCUUAGCAAACAUAUCCUUAGAUCCAAAUCAGUUGCACAGUGACAAUAUACUGCCCAGAGAAAAGUGCAUUAUCGUUCUUAUCAUGUUGCUCAGGGUAAUGAUGUGAUUUUUAAAAAGGGACAAUAAAAAAAAGGAAAAAGAGAGAAGGGGUUAGUUUCAGUGGUUGCAGACCAGAGCUGACAGGAGCAGUCUAAUGACCUCAGAUGGGUGGAGUCGAGAGGGAAGCAGCCAGCGGGAAAAAUCAUCGUCCAUGUGUUCCCCUGUUUAACCAUGUUAACACUUUAUUUACUGACACUUGCCACUGAACAGACCAAAAAAAAAAAAAAAGGAAAAAAACAUGUUUCUUCUGGCUGAAAGAUAGAGAAAGAGCGGGCAAAUCUUCAAUGGAGUUGACACAUCCCAUUGUGAGCGUCACAGUUUGUUCUUUUGUAGAACAAAGUGGUACUCUUGAUCUACUCUUAUGAAGUAGAUACCUAACUCAGUUCUACUAUGUGCCUUAUGCUAUAACUUGGAAGAGAGUUUGUGAAAUUCAGGAUCUAUGUGUUCUUUGUUAACUGAGUCACAUCCUUUUUGGCGCCUCACUAGUUUUGUACUGUUUUGCAUCUGAUUUCCGAAGAUCUUUUUAUGGUGUAUCCUGUUAAAAAGGGGGCAGCGAUGUCAUAGAAAGCAUUUGUGCACUCUUUCAGAUAUAGUUGGGUAAUCCAAGAACCUUAUAUAUUGAUCUUCGUGUUAAUAGUUGAGUACAGUAAGUGUUCUAUCAAGAUUGUCCAUGUUUCCCUGUUUCUUGAUAAAGAUGGUGUAUAGAAACUAUUUCCCCUUAAAUAUUUAUGGACCAAACGGUUGUUAUAUAUCUUAUUAAAUUUGUGUGAAUAAAACUACUUUGCUUUAAA